AUGGCAGAGCAAACCAUCAAGCUUGGCGACAUUAUUGGUCUUGAGAUUCCCGCCAACAAAAAGUGGACAUGUCUUGCAAAAACCAAGCAGCAACGCCGUUGUCAGCAUGUCGUGGCUACAAGCAAAUGCGAUAAGGCAAGAGCAAUUUUGCAACACAAGAUGACUUUCCAAGAAUCAGAGCAUGAUCUCAUUGGAUUUCACAUAAAACAGCUUGUGAAUCUUCUCUUCCAUAAUGGUAUCCAGCAUCCCAAUAUUAAAGGCCAAAUGAAAGAGCAAGAAACGAAAUGGCUCGAUCUCUGGCGCGCUGAGCUGAAACACCGCGCUGAGAGUAAUGGUAGUGCCGCUGAUGUUGACGAACCUGAGCAAUUUCCAUCCGAAGGGGCAAUGACCCAAUACCACGAACCUGAUGCAAUCGCACAACUUCCUGCCAAUGUAGGAUACCCCACACUUCCGCUCGAAACCUCGCAAGUGCCCACAGAUACUUCAUUCCAUACCACGGCCAUCGCUUCCUACCUCAACCGCACAGUCACCUUGGAUAUUACGGAAGAUGUCAGUGAUCAAAGGGCUGAGGUUGCUACAGCAUCUCAACCCAGUGUCGUUGGGUAUGACGGGCCACUUGCGCCAAAUCAAACAUCAUCUCAUGAGAGCCUGGGACUUACUGUGUUUUUCAGUCCCAAUCAACUGGAAAUGAUCAACAUUAUCUUACACUUCGGUCUUCAAUUAUGCGCAUUCUUUCAAAUACAAUAUGGGACCUUUAUAUCUCGUGAUGGUGCCGGCAAUAAGCGGACAGAGUCGCGUCUUCGGUUCAAACUUAUAUUUGGCAUGGAUCUUACCCUGUCGGAAAUUCUCACAUCCCCAUGGGCUAUCUUUCCCUUGUUUGUUGCAUUAGGCCAGUUCAUGUACGUACUGAUUGGACCAUGGUCAAGUUUUAUGUUGUUUCUGUUUGUUGCUUUGGUUGGAUCGUGCUGGACGGGUACACAAGACAAGGCUGUCGUUCGAAGAACCGAGAGGGUAUAA